AAAGAGCGAUUUUGAUUGAAAUUGCAGAAGAUCGGAGUGUAAGAAAAGGAUUUGGUGGUGGAAGUAGAAAGUGGUGAAAAAGGCUGCAGUCCGAAUCCAACUCACACCCGUUCUCCUCACAUCAACUCGGAUUUGUUCGGGCUCAGUGAGUCAUGAGCGGCGAAGCGCGGUACGAGAUCCACCAGACCGCCUACAUUAAGUUGGUUCUCCACGCCCUAAAGCACCGGACCGCCGCCGUCAACGGCCUCCUCCUUGGCCGUGCCUCACCCGAUGCCGCUGCCGUCGAGAUCGUUGACUCCGUCCCCCUCUUCCACUCCCAGAUCGGCCUUCUUCCUCCUCUUGAAGUUGCGCUCAUAAUGAUAGAGGAGUAUUAUGGAGAAAAGGGGUUGAGUAUUGUGGGCUAUUUUCAUGCUAAUGAGAGGUACGAUGAUUUCGAGCUUGCUACUGUCGCUAAGAAUAUUGGCGAUCACAUAACCCGGUAUUUUCCUCAGGCUGCGCUUCUCUUGUUGGAUAAUAAAAAGCUGGAGGAUUUACCGAAGGGGAAAGAGCGAAGUCCAGUGAUGCAGCUUUACAUCAAAGAUGGCUCUAGUUGGAAACUAGGGGGAUCAAAAGGAAGCAAUCAGCUCACUGUCAAAGAAACUUCAGCAAAUACAGUGCUUUUGGAUUACAUCUCAUCUGAGAAAUGGAAGAGCAUCACAGACUUUGAUGACCACCUGGACGACAUCAGCAAGGACUGGGUGAACGCUCAACUUUUUGAAUAAGCUUCAAAGUUUUCAGGUGUACACAGACUAGAUGCUACAAGUGGUACUUGUAGUAUUUACUUGCAGGCUACGCAGACUUUCAUAGCCUAGAUGAGUAUGAAGAUAUGAUCGUGGUGAAAUUUCAUCUCAUUUGUUGUUGAUGUUACUUCUUUAAAAGAAGCUUCUAAUUUUGUAUCGUGUCACUCUUUAAUUCUUGGCUUGUAGACUGGAGUCUUCAUUUGCGCUUCCUCUUUGUUUUUGUCUUUUUAACUGGUUACAAGGGAAAAAAAAAAGAUUACGUGGCU